GAUCCAAAUAGAUAAUGUGGCAAGACUACAUGGGUAGCAAACAGCUGACAACCAGCUGUUUAGAAUUUGCUUUUGGGCGAAUAUAUUUCUACUCCAAUAUUACUUCCUGGAUUGCAAAGAGUUAUUUACAAAGUAAAAAAUGAUUCCAGGACAUCAAAUUCGACAUUUUCACACGGCUAUUGUACGUAUGGUGCGUGGUGUUGGUCGUCGCUCCAAUCCAGGUAUUGGGCACCAGAUAACUAGCAUGGAAACAGUUGAUGAACGACUCACUCAAGAUCCCGAAGGGUUUGGUGAUUUAGAAUCCGAUUUUAUGACUGCACAUGAGACACACCGAGAACAUGAAAGUGAAACGGCUCAAAAUCGUGAACGAAUUCGUAAGCUUAUGGUUAAGCAUAAAUACUUCCGUGAAACCAAAUUACCCAACUUAUUAACUUACGCCGAGAAAGAACAAAUACGUACUUUACAUGCGCGUGACCCAGAAGAGUGGACAGCAGAACGUUUAGCUGAAAGUUUUCCUGCUACAACGGAAAUCAUAAAAAAAAUAUUAGAUGCCAAAUGGCAGGCACGCAGCACGGAACGUAUACGAAAACACGACGAAGUUGUUAUACGAAAUUGGGAAAAAUUUCGUACAGAUCCAAAUCUUUUGCAACUUCCACGCCAUUUUCAAGAACAUUUAGAAAAAUUUGCCACUAGAAAAACGGAAGAUCUAGUUGCACUCUCUGAAGGUUUACCUUCUAAAGCAACUUUACCUCGUCCAACAAAGCAAGAGUUUCUAUCUAUUAUCACAAGUUGUGAUAAAUAUGCCGAAAAGGAGGAUGUACCACAGCUUCAAACUGGAGAAUUGUGUAAUAAGCGGAAUUCAUUAGCGUCAUCUGCGCCAGAGGAUGAAACGUAUUUGCUGGAUAAAGUAUACGAUAAGCGCAGAAUGCGUCUACAAGACCUGAAAAAAUAUAAACUAAUUCCAAAUGAAUUAGCGGAUACAUCAAAUGAAUUAGCUAACAAAAAGUCAAUAGAUCAAAACGCAGCCAUGGAAUUACGAAAUCCAAGUGGAACUGGCGUUAUUUCAACAAACUCACAGAAGAACCCUUUGGUGGACUUAAAUUUGCUGCAGAAAUAUGAAAGCAACGAAGUUGUCAUCAGCGUUGAAGAUCAGAAACGUUUCGAAAUUACACGUGUUAAAGAUCGAAUACAUAUACCGCGUAAGUUGUGGCGCAAAGGAGCGACGUAUCGAGUCGAAGAUGUCUAUUAUGAUGAUGAUGGUGAAUUUCUCUAUCGUGUACCAGGCAUGACAGGCAGAAGUAGAUAGAACAAUAAAUUCGAUAUGAUGUUGUAAUAUGUACUUUAGUUAAGUUUAUUGUAAUUAUAUACUGUAAACUCAUGCUUAUGCUGCACCUCAUGGCAAAUAAAAGUUACUUAUUUCAAUUACUGAUCA